CGCUGCCAGAAGAGUCUGAAUAUUACCGUUUCUUUCCCUCCACAGUUUUCUUCCGAGCGGAUAAAAUGCAAAAACCCUUCGUCUCAAACCCACCAAUUCCGCCAUGUUCAACUCACUGAGUCAACUCGUUCCCUCACUCGCUCCUCUACCGCAAUUCACCGCCAACCUCUUCUUGGCCCGAGCCCUCAAACCCACCGCCGCCGCCGCCACUGCCUCCUUCUCGCUCUCCAACUCGGCCGAGUCGCACUCCAGCCGACUCAGCCUCGCGCAUUCCCUCCAAUCCGAAACCCUAGAAACCCUAGAAUGGGCCUCGGUCUGCAAGCAGCUCUCGGCGCUGGCGUCCACAGCCAUGGGCUUCUCGACCGCGCAGAAGGCCCGGGUUCCAGUCGGCCGGACCAAGGAGGAGAGCCAGAAGCUUCUCGAUCAGACGGCUGCCGCGGUGGAUGCCAUCGCGGCCGUCGGUUCUCCACCCUCGGAUUUCUCGGCCAUCGAGAACGUCUCGGAUAUCGUGAGCUCCGCCGUCUCAGGCAAAUUGCUUACCAUUAACGAGCUCUGCGCUGUGCGCAGGACGCUGACUGCCGCGAAGGGAUUGUUCGAAAAAGUGAAGGGCUUGGAUUUGGGUGCAGAUUGUACGGACAGGUACUUGCCCCUGAUCGAAAUACUCAAGGAUUGUGAUUUCCUAGUAGAGUUAGAGAAAACGAUAGGAGUAUGUAUAGAUUGCAAGCUUUCGAUAAUACUUGACACGGCUAGCGAAGACUUAGAGAUCAUUAGGUCAGAGAGGAAGAGGAACAUGGAAAAUCUGGAUUCUUUGCUGAAGGAAGUGUCAACCCAGAUUUUUAAAUCGGGCGGCAUUGAUAGCCCUUUGGUGACUAUGCGGAGGGCUAGGAUGUGCGUUGGUGUUAGGGCCACGCACAAACAUUUGCUUCCGGGUUGCAUAGUUUUGGAUGCUAGUAGUUCUGGAGCAACAUACUUUGUGGAACCUAAAGAGGCGGUGGAGUUGAACAACAUGGAAGUGAGGCUUUCGAAUGCUGAGAGAGCUGAGGAAAUCGGCAUUUUGAGCUUCCUUACAUCUGAAAUUGCGAAAUCGGAAGUACUGAUAAUGUAUUUGUUAGAUAAAGUUUUGGAAGUGGAUCUUGCUUUUGCUAGAGCUGCUUAUGCUCUGUGGAUGAAUGGGGUAUGUCCAAUUUUUAGUUCCAAGGACCUGUAUUCUGGUGGGGCUGGUUUUCUGGCAGCUGUAGAUAUAGAAGGGCUGCAACAUCCAUUGCUCGUUGAGUCAUCCUUAAAAAAUUUGUCUGAUGAUUUUGCAUCAAGAAAUCCACUUUUCUCCAACAACGGAAAUGGUGUAAAAAUGAUUUCUGGAAGUUUAUCUGGUCGUACAUCUGAUUUUCCAGUGCCAAUAGAUAUCAAAAUUGGAUGUGGAACCAGAGUGGUUGUAAUCUCAGGACCUAAUACUGGGGGGAAAACAGCUUCCAUGAAAACUUUGGGCCUGGCAUCUCUCAUGUCGAAGGCUGGCAUGUAUCUGCCUGCUAAAAACCACCCAAGGCUUCCGUGGUUUGAUCUUGUUCUGGCUGAUAUUGGAGAUCAUCAGUCUCUUGAGCAAAAUCUCUCAACUUUUAGUGGGCACAUUUCACGGAUUCGUAAUAUAUUGGAAGUGGCCUCAAAAGAAUCACUUGUCCUCAUUGACGAAAUUGGCAGUGGAACCGAUCCUUCAGAAGGUGUGGCUCUUUCCGCCAGCAUCUUGCUAUAUCUCAAAGAUCGUGUUGACUUAGCCGUUGUGACUACUCACUAUGCGGAUUUAAGUCGCCUGAAAGAAAAGGAUAAUCAAUUUGAAAAUGCAGCCAUGGAAUUUUCUCCAGAAACCUUACAACCUACUUACCGGAUCCUGUGGGGAAGUACUGGUGAUUCAAAUGCAUUGAGUAUUGCUAAAUCCAUCGGUUUCAAUCAACACGUAAUUGAGCAUGCACAGAAAUGGGUGCAGAGGUUAAUGCCUGAAAAGCAACAGGAGCGAAAAGGUUUGCUAUAUCGGUCGUUAGUAGAGGAAAGAAACAGACUGGAAGCUCAGGCCAAAAUGGCUGCAUCUCUUCAUUCAGAUAUCAUGGACAUUUAUUGUGAGAUUCACGACGAAGCAGAAGAUCUUGAGUUGCGCAAGAGAGCUCUUAUGGCAAAGGAAACACUACAGGUUCAGCAAGAAGUGCAGGCUGCAAAAUCCCAAAUGGAGACUGUGCUGAAGGAGUUUGAUAACCGACUCAAAAUUGCUGCUGCUGAUCAAUUGAAUUUGCUGAUUAGGAAAUCAGAAGCUGCAAUUGCAUCUGUCGUUGAAGCUCACUCUCCUGAGGAUGAUCUGUUGGUUAGUGAGACAUCUGCUACGUCAUUUACACCCCGAUUGGGAGAGCAAGUUUAUUUGAAGAGACUGGGAGAUAAGAUAGCUACUGUAGCUGAAGCACCUGGAGAUGAUGGGACAGUCCUUGUACAAUAUGGUAAAAUAAAGGUUCGCUUGAAGAAGAGCGAUAUUAGAGCUAUCCCUAGCGCUGAUAAGAAUGCCACGCCUAGUUCUGUCCCACGUUUGAAGCAGCAGGUUGGGCGGAGUCGUAAUGGGGAAACCGAAGGUGGGGAGGUAUCCUAUGGGCCAGCGGUACAAACGUCAAAGAACACAGUGGAUCUCCGUGGCAUGAGGGUGGAGGAAGCUUCUUACCUCCUGGACAUGGUCCUGUCUGGUAGAGAGUCUCAAUCAGUUAUCUUUGUCAUACAUGGAAUGGGCACAGGGGUGGUUAAAGAGAGAGCACUUGAGAUUUUGAAAAAACAUCCACGAGUAGCCAAGUACGAACCGGAGAGCUCAACGAAUUACGGUUGUACAGUUGCUUACAUCAAGUAAAAACGAUAGUCAACUGAUCGGUUUUUGUUUUAUGCCGGGUUGAAGUGUCCGCACACUUUUGUAAAUCUUAAUCUGCAAUCUGCGAUGGAUAUGGGUUACAGAAACCUGAUCUUGAACAUGAGACUCCGGCAUAUAUUUUCCGGUCAGUUCAUGGGGGAUUGAUUCCUUUUGGUUGAUUGACUCUUUCCCACAAGCAUUGAUGUGAAUACUAUUGACACAAUUUGGAUUUCGUAGA